GCCUGCCAGGCUUGCCACCCUAGCAGGGGCGUCGGGGGUUCUGGACUUGGUUGCCACUUCCUGAGCCGCGGGGAUGGAGGCGUCGCGCUGCCGGCUCGGACCCCGCGGGGACAGUGCCUUUGAAGAUGAGACCAUGAAGCUUCGACAGCUGAAACUAGAUAAUCAGAGAGCACUGCUGGAGAAGAAGCAGAGAAAAAAGCGCCUUGAGCCACUUAUGGUACAGCCAAAUCCAGAAGCAAGGCUUCGUCGAUCAAAGCCAAGAGGUAGCGAGGAGCAAACUCCUUUGGUGGAACCUCAUACCCCACAGAACGAUGUCAUCUUACAUGGCAUUGAUGGUCCAGCUGUCUUCUUGAAGCCAGAUGCUCAAGAUUUGGAAACCAAACUUCACGUUCUCUCAGUAGGCUCCUCUGCUACAGAAGAAGAUACUGAAGAAAGUGCUGAUGGAGAAAGCACUUUGGAGACUGUGUCCAAGCCAGAUCUCCAGGAGAUUCUCCAAAAACAUGGUAUCUCAGGUAGUUUGAACUUCGAUGAAGAGGAGACCGAUGGGGAGGAAGAAGGGAAAAAAUUAUGUCAUUCACCAUAUUCGGAGGCAGAGAGACCCAAUUCUGCAUCCAGCCAGAAAUCAACUACAGAUACGGGAGCUUCGGGAACUGCAGCCCAACAAACGGAAAACCAGCUGGGGGAAGUGGAGAACUUAGAGGACUUUGCAUAUAGUCCUGCCCCUCGGGGUAUUACAGUCAAGUGUCGGAUAACCAGGGAUAAAAAAGGAAUGGAUCGGGGUCUCUUCCCCACUUACUAUAUGCACUUGGAAAAGGACGAAAAUCGGAAGAUAUUUCUUCUUGCAGGUAGAAAGCGGAAAAAGAGCAAAACAUCCAACUACCUUAUCUCCACUGAUCCAACAGAUUUAUCUCGUGAAGGGGAAAGUUACAUUGGCAAACUCAGAUCCAACCUCAUGGGGACCAAGUUUACAGUUUAUGACCAUGGUGUCAGCCCGACCAAGGCCCAAGGUCUGGUAGAAAAGACUUAUAUCCGGCAGGAGCUGGCAGCCAUCUGUUACGAAACAAAUGUACUUGGAUUUAAAGGUCCUAGGAAAAUGUCUGUGAUUAUUCCAGGGAUGAAUAUGAAUCAUGAACGGAUCCCAUUUCGGCCACGAAAUGACCACGAGAGCUUGCUUUCCAAAUGGCAAAACAAAACCAUGGAGAACUUGAUUGAACUGCACAACAAGGCCCCAGUCUGGAACGAUGACACGCAGUCCUACGUCCUGAACUUCCAUGGCCGUGUCACUCAGGCAUCAGUGAAGAACUUUCAGAUAGUCCACGAGAAUGACCCUGACUACAUAGUCAUGCAGUUUGGACGCGUGGCAGAUGACGUGUUCACCCUGGACUACAACUACCCGCUGUGUGCACUUCAAGCCUUUGCCAUUGGGCUUUCUAGCUUUGACAGCAAGCUGGCCUGUGAAUGAGCAAACAGCAGGCACCUAGCUUUCUCACUCAGAGCUUUCAGGAGCCGAUACUUGCCUCCUUUGCUUUUGCCCCAGGCCAUGAAGAGCACCAGCCCGCCCCUUUGGGAGUAAUCCCCGAAUGUAUGUAUAUGUGUCUGCGUGCGUGUGUAUAUGUGUAUAUGUGUAUAUGCACACACGCACAUAUGUACACAUUCAACUUCUCUGGGCUCCACAGACCCAGUCAGGGGUCACGGCUUCACCUGGGUGAGGGGUGGUUCAGAGCACAGAAGGUUCCUGUCCAGAGCACAUUGGUAACUCCCGAGGGGACUGGCCAGCACAUUCUGUGCCUUUGCGGUCAGAUUUCCUACGCUUGGGAACUUGCAGCUAGAAUCAGGUUCUAAUGAUUACUUCCCGGGGUCUUUUUUUUGGGAAGACCUUUCCAGAGUGGGAUAGUUCCCUAAAUUGCCUUUAGUCUUCAGGUCUGCAGACUUUUUCUGUAAACGGCCAGAGAGUCCCUUACAGCUGCUCAGCCACGGCCAGUUCAGAAACCAGGGAGUGUGGCUGUGUUCCACUGAAACUUGGUUUACAAAAAUGGGCAGCGCGCCAGAUCUGGGAUAUUGCUGUAAGUGAUGGGCCUCGGCAUCUU